GCUAUCUGUAGCUUCUUUAUGCGUGGGAAUUGUAGGUUUGGGAACAACUGUAGGAACGAGCACCCCAAGGACACUGGUCCUAACCGGCAGGCCACCACAGGUGGACAGUGGAGUGCUACUGGAGCUGGGAAGUCUCUUCUAUUUAGCGUGGAAACUAUGUCGAAAGACUUCGAUCCAAAAGUUGAUAAACCAUUUUGGCCGCUAUCAUCAUAUGGACCUGCCAAACACGAACCCAAUCUAUUGCCUCCACUAGACGAGUCAUUCGAGGAAUUGCGCAUGAAAGCUGUCUUGGCGAAGAUCGGUGGUACACUUGAUGAAUAUACAAAGUAUGAGCAGGACAAAACUGCUAACGCUGAAAGAAUUUUCAUGAAUGUCCGCAACAAUAUCGAGGAGGCCUAUGAUACGGCUUCGAGGCAAAGUCCCAUUAAUCGAGAUCAGUCUGGAGGCCUAGGUUCAGCGUUCAAGACAGGGGGUGCGUUCGGUGGAGGCGGUUCAGCCUUUGGUAAACCAUCGGCAUUCGGGGCUUUGGGAAACAGCAAACCUGUCUUGGCAUUCGCCUCCACAAACACGCCUACGUCUGCGCCUGCGCCAGGCCAGUCCACCUUCGGACAGACAGGCUUUGGCCAAGUAACGCAACCUACAUCCGCACUCGGACGGCCUCCACAACCGCCUGUCUCCGCGUUCGGCCAGACAGCGGCACAACCCGUCCUUGCGUUUGGCCAGCCCUCACAACAACCUACUUCAGCUUUCGGACACCCCUCACAACAGCCUACUUCAGCUUUCGGUCAGCCUAUUCAGCCGACAUCAGCGCUCGGGCAACCUGUAUCCGCCCUUGGCGGCAGCGGAUUUGCAGCGUUUGCCGGUGACAAACCGUCUGCGUUCGCAGCCGUUGCCAAUGGUAACAACAAUAACACGAGGGGUGCCACAUUCGUUCCAUCAGCCUUCGGGGGUAACGGAUCCUCGACCCAACCCAGCAGUUCUGUGUUUGGACAAUCCAACAACUCCGUAACAACAUCGGUCUUUGGUCAGGCAGCCCAGCACCCCACAUCUGCAUUCGGCGACUCCGCUCAACGGCCCGUCUCGGCAUUUGGCCAGCCUGUUCCACAGCCCUCGGCAUUUGGUCAACCCGCUCAGCAGCCAACCUCAGCUUUUAGUCAACCCACAACAGCCUUUGGUCAACCAAUGCAGCCAACUCCAAUCUCUACAUUCGGCACCCCUUCUACUCAGUCUCAAUCCGCUUUUGACCCCGGCGGUGGCUUUGGCUCCGUACCAGCUUCCGCACCAAAGGUCGUGAGUGGUACACCGGACUUUGCGAACGCAAGGUCGACCUAUAAGCCGGGAUUGGACAAGUACGAUGCUCUGCUUCCGCCAGACUAUAUGUCCCUGCUACCCCAGAAGGCCAAAGAGGCUUUCCAGGCUGCUAGGUUUGAAUGGGGGAAUGUACCUGAGUGGGUGCCUCCGAUGGAAAUGCGAUGAAAGAAGGGCUGAAAAUGCGACUGCAUGACAUACAAUAUUCAUGGACACUUUAUGGUCUUCAUUAUUCUUCACAUCUGUACCUAUACCGCCUGUAGCAAUGACAUGUAUUGAUCGCAAAUGCGUUGAGACUAAGCUUUCACUUUUGCUAGUAACGUACCAGUAUCAGUUGUAACUUUGGCAUCUCUUUCCACGCC